AUGACUAGCAAAGAGUCCUGUAUCCCAACAACCCAGGAGACCAUCUGGGGUCUGUACAAGGUUGCUAAGUCUCUUAACCCUGACAACAAGUUCUCGGUUCACUCAUUCAAGGGGUCGGACUUUGAUAAUGUGGCUACUGAAUCAGAUCUGACCAAUGUUAUCUUAAGCAUGACCUUUAACACUGGUGCCAACAUUGCCCAACGACUUAAGGACAAGAUCCUAGACCCCUUGUCUAAGGCUGCUGUAGAGAAGAAGCUGAAUCCUACUGUCAUGCUCAGCAGCAGCAUACCUAAAUUCAGCGCGCAAGUCACAAAGUUCAAGUCCCAGCUUGACAGUGCUAACGCCACUGGACCCACUAUCUUGUUCUGUCUCUGCCAUGUAGGCAACAACCAGUCGGCAGCAGGGUCUCUCAAGGAGUUGAACACAGAUCCAGCCAUCAAGAACUUGAUCUUGUACAGCAAGGAUCCUAUCAACACCAAGCUCCAGAGCAUUGGUGGAGACAGCAAUGCUUAUGUCAGAGUGAUUAUAUCCGACCUGAUCAAGGCUCUGGAUCUUUAG